CAAGACAGAUCUGAAUGAAAACAAACAGAUUGGGCGAAGUGCGGCUCCGCACGCGGGGUUAUCCAAUGAGGAGGCCCAGGUGGUUGAAGAGUGACCGGAAGUCACCCACAGCAUCCAGGGAACCUGGAGCCCACCCUGCCCCCCUCCAGGCCAGGAUGAUUCUGCAUUUUGUUGCACUUGCUCUGGUCACAGGGCAUGUAGGGGGAGAGACCAGGAUCAUCAAGGGUUAUGAGUGCACCCCUCACUCCCAGCCGUGGCAGGUGGCGCUGUUCCAGAAGACGCGGUUGCUCUGUGGAGCAACCCUCAUCGCCCCCAAAUGGCUCCUGACAGCAGCCCACUGCCGCAAGCCCCGUUACGUGGUCCUUCUGGGGGAGCACAACCUUGAGAAGACAGACGGCCGCGAGCAGAAGAGGAUGGCCACCGAGUCCUUCCCCCACCCUGGCUUCAACAACAGUCUCCCCAACAAAGACCACAGGAACGACAUCAUGUUGGUGAAGAUGUCAUCACCUGCCAUCAUCACCCGGGCUGUGCGACCGCUCACCCUGUCCUCACACUGUGUCACUGCGGGGACCAGCUGCCUCAUUUCUGGCUGGGGCACCACAUCCAGCCCCCAGUUACGCCUGCCUCACUCCUUGCGAUGUGCCAACGUCUCCAUCAUUGAACAUCAGGAGUGUGAGAAUUCCUACCCUGGCAACAUCACCGACACCAUGCUGUGUGCCAGUGUUCGGAAAGAAGGCAAGGACUCCUGCCAGGGUGACUCUGGGGGCCCUCUGGUCUGUGACGGGUCUCUGCAAGGCAUCAUCUCCUGGGGUCAGGAUCCAUGUGCAGUCACUAAAAAACCAGGUGUCUACACUAAAGUCUGCAAAUAUGUGGAUUGGAUCCAUGAGACUAUGAGAAAGAACUAGAGGAGACCUGUUCGCCACCGCCAAACCCCUCCGGCCUCUUCUUAAUGCUUUGCCCCAAGAACCCCUCAGUCGGGACCCUUGCAAGUACUUUCUUGGACCCACCAAGAUAGAAGAUGUUCUAAUCCAAUGAUCGACUUAGAGAUUGGAAUCAAAUCCUUGCUUUACUAAGUUGUGACUCUAAACAUGAUCAUUGCCGGGUUUUGUUUUGUCUUGUUUUUGGUUCAGUUUUAUCCCCAGCCUUGAACAUAGUU